GUGACACCACCAACCGUGGAGUUCGGCGGCUUCGGCCUGGCUCUGCUCUACUGCGACAAAUAGAUAGACUGCAUUCAUGGAAUGCCACUUCAGCCCUCCUUCUUGUGUUAAACGCUUUUUUCUUCUUUUUUUUUGGCUAAGACUUGAACGCUUUCUUUAGAUGAAGGGAGAUUCCAAUUCUAUUAACAAGAAGCCUUCUCCUUUCCCCAUGAACACCAAGCUCGCCGUGAUUUCUGCAAUACUUGCAAGCCUCUCGGUCUUUUUUUCUUUGGAUUCUGUAUUCCAUGAUUCCAGGAUUUCAGAGAUGGAGCUACUGCCACUAGAUGCUGCAACUGGGCCUGAAAGCAUAGCCUUUGAUGCUAAGGGUGAGGGUCCAUACACUGGGAUAUCGGAUGGCCGGAUUUUGAAGUGGCAAGGGAAGGAACAAAGAUGGCUUGAAUAUGCUGCUGUCCAUGCACCGCAUCUGUUGAGUAAGUGUAGAGGCUCACAAGAUCCAAAACUGGAACAUGUCUGUGGGCGGCCACUGGGGCUGAAAUUUAGUGCCAAGACUGGAGAACUCUAUGUUGCAGAUGCUUAUCUAGGGUUGUUGGUGGUCGGUCCUGAUGACAAAUUCGCAACGCCAAUUGCUAAACAAGCCCAAAGUGUUGAGUUCCAUGUCACUAAUGGCUUGGACAUAGAUCCUGACAGUGGAGUUGUCUAUUUUACUGAUAGUAGCAUGCGCUUUCCAAGAAGGCAAUACAUCUCAGCAAUCAUAGCUGGUGAUAGAACGGGAAGGUUGAUGAAGUACGACCCAGAAAGCAGAGAGGUCCAAGUCCUGCUCGACUCCUUGUACUUCCCCAAUGGGGUGGCACUAAGCCAAGAUGGCUCCCACCUCCUCAUUGUGGAGACCACCACCUGCAGAAUCCUAAGGUACUGGCUUCGGACACCCAAGGCCAAGAGCCUUGAAGUCAUUGCCCAACUCCCAGGAUUCCCGGAUAACAUCAAGCGGAGCCCACGAGGAGGCUUCUGGGUGGCUCUCCAUUCCAAGAGAACAAAGCUUGUACAGUGGGUCCUCUCUGAGCCUUGGCUGUGCGACGCUCUCCUUAAGGCCUCGGUUGACCUCCAGAGGUUGUCUUCAUUCUUAAACUGGAGGAGUGGGAAGGCAUCUGCACUGAGGUUGAGCGAAGAUGGACAGGUUUUGGAAGGAUUUGGUGGAAGGGCAAUGAGGGCUAUUAGUGAGGUGGAAGAGAGGUAUGGGAGGUUAUGGAUUGGGUCUAUAGCAAUGCCUUUUGUGGGCAUUUACAAUGUUACAAGACCAGCAUAGAAGAUCAUCAUAUUGCAUGGACUGCUUAAUUUGUCUUCAAGCAUUGCAUGUUGGAUGCUUUUGGUGAUAAACUUCUAAUACUUGUCUGUGUAACGAUCAAAUAGGAAUUUGUUUCUUUCCUCGAUCCUGCUGUUCUUGUGUAAUUCAUAAUUUUGUCAUAUAUUUUUCUAGUUUCUUAUAAAGGAUGAAUUUUUAAGAAUUCGUAGAAUCGUUGAACA